CAUGCGCAAUGCGAAGAGGUAACGGCAGGCAGGUGAUCCGGGUUGCUAGGGAUCCGGCUGGGUCUUUGCAGGCAUCUAGGGAUUGAUUUUGAUCCUGGCUUCUGGGACGCUACAGCAGAAAUGCCAGGGCCUUCUAAUAUGUUUUGGAUGGUGGCAUAGCUUCAGACCACCUCAGCAUCUUGGUCGCUACCCCUGUCCCCUUCACCACCAAGCUGAAGCCAUUAAGGCCAAGGAGCAUCAGCCUUUCCCCCAGCAGGCGAGAUGCCUCUCUUUGGGAAUAUCUUCAGUCCAAAGAAGACGCCUCCUCGGAAGUCAGCCUCCCUGUCCAACCUGCAGACUUUGGAUCGUUCAAUCCGGGAUGUGGAGCUGGGUCUGAACUACGGAACCCCCACGAUGAACUUGGCGGGGCAGAACCUGAAGUUUGAAAAGGGCCAGUGGAUAGCAGAGGCCGGCAUCAGUGGGGGCGUGGAGCAGAGGGAGAUGCAGCGCCUCCGCAGGCGGAACCAGCAGCUGGAGGAGGAGAACAACCUCUUGCGGCUGAAAGUGGACAUCCUGCUGGACAUGCUCUCUGAGACCACUGCCGAAUGCCACUUAAUGGAGAAGGAACUGGAGGAACUGAAGAGCGUCGGCCGGAGAAGGAAAUAAGACCGGAGACGCCGGUUAGGAGCAGGGAGGCUCCCACCAUCGGGGGCGUAGGGUGAGGCUGAGCAGUUUGGUUUUUAGCAAAACUAGUGGAUUUGGCCCCAGAACACAACAGCAGGCACUGGCACCCUCUGUUGCCAGAAGGAAGGUGGCACAGGAUGGAGGAAGCCGGGCAGGGCAGUGGCUGGGAUGCCAGGCUGCAAGGAGAUCCCAAGAAGCCAAGGGGGUGGGAAUCUUUGGGAGCAACGGCCCAUGUCCCCAGCGCCCUGUGGGACAGUGCAGUCGGGAGCCGCAGCUGAACUCCAUGGACUCCAUCAUCUCCCCACCUCUGCUGGACUUGAGGGAUGGCACAAGCUCCACAGAGCCCACGUUUAGGGGUCUGGAAUAAGUGACUGACUCUCUUGGUUCUCUGCCCCCCGCCAGGCCACUCGCCCCUGGCCCGUGAAGAAUGCUCAUCCCCAAAGCCACAGCUGCUCUGGCGUCAGCUUCCCAGCAACAAGCACCAGCCUUCCACAGCAACACUAUUUUUGUGCUAUUUUCCUGUUUAUACUCUUUCCUUUGUAUUAAAUGAUACCGAACGACC